AGUUCCACAUUUUAAACAAAUGGUAUAGUAGUUUUCAAUUCUGAUCAAAUCAAUUUAGAACUAUUUAUUGCAAUAAAUUUGAUGUACUUAUGAAUGUUUUGCUUCCUACAGAUAUCGAGGACAACAAUAAAUUGCCACCAGAAGCUGUGGACACGGCAGAGCUAAUCCUUUUCAUGGAUAAGCUCUUCGAUAGCCUGAAUACCAGCAAAAGGUUGGCUCCAAGCGGCAAACCAUUGCAAGGGGGUGUAACAACUGGAUCUCCCCACCUGGCGUUCUGGAGAAGUUCAAUUCCAUUUCUGCAGAAUAUGAAAUUUUUUUGUAAAAACAAAAACUGCCUGGUCUCAGUACCUUCAAUUAGAAAUUUUAUUUUUAGUGUUAGAGGGUUCAUAAGAUUAACAAAAAAUCUGUUGUCAAAACAUAAAUUCAAGUAUGUUUUGACAAGAGCAUUUAAUCAGGACCCUCUUGAAAAUUUUUUUGGAGCAAUUAGGAGCCAUGGAGCUAGGCAUAUUUCACCAGAUGCCUCUCAUUUUGAAAAUUCAUUCAAAGCAUUAUUAAUAAAUAAUUUUUUAUCGUCACAUUCUCCAAAUUCAAAUUGCGAGAAUGAUGAGUCUGAAGGUGCAUUAAACAAUUUAUAUUCAUUCCUUAAUCAAAAUUUGAUUGUUGAGUCUGAUUGCUCCAUAGAAUCGCCUAUUAUCCCUAAUCUUCCACCAAAUGUAUCUCUGACCCGAAAGUCAAGAGUGGCAGAAAAUACAUUGGUGUAUAUUAGUGGAUAUUUGGUGAGACGCCUCUCAAAAAUUUUGAAAUGUUCCGAUUGUAAACAACUUUUACAAUCAAACCAUGAACUUGUUCAAAAUGUUGAUUUCAUUGAGGCUAGAAGAUAUAAUGAAAAUUCUAAAUUGCUGAUACCAGGUAGUUUUUUUAUUACUUAGUUACUCAGUGCUUUUCACGUUUAUAUUAUCUCAUUCCACGCUUAUGCCAUAUUGAAAAUAUUUCUCAAGUAUUAAAAAAUAUUUUACAGGAACAGCCAAUUCAUUGUGAAUUACAUCCUGAAUAUGGAACGGCUGCCUGUAAAUUAUUUGUGAAAUGCUGUUUAUAUUUUUGGUGUAAGCGUGUUAAUGCAAUCGUGAAGGGCACUGAUACAAAAUUCAAAAUUUCAGCAAUGUGUGACCCAAUUAAAAAGUUGGCACAUCAAAAAUAUAAAAAAAGAUUGAAAAUUUUAAAUAGAUAAUUUUUUUAUAUGAA